CGUGACGUCACCGCGCCUUGACGUCAGGCCGACGUGCAGCACGGUCUCCUGGGAGACCAGGAAAGCCGUUUUGCCCCCGGCGGAAUCGAAGUAUAGAUUAUUUUACUUCAAAGCUCCUUCAGUAUAUUUUUGGAAAUUAUGGAUCGUCAUGUUCCCAUGCAUGCAUUACCUGAAGAAAUCCAAAAGAUGUCUCCUGAAGAAAAAGUUUGUAAGUACUGUGGAGUCAGCUAUCUAAUUCUACAUGAGUUUAAGGCUAUGGAAGAAAAAGUAAAAGCGAUGGAAAAAGAGAUGAAAUUUUAUCAAGGAAGUAUAGAACGUGAAGAGAGACUUCAAGGAAAACUACAGUCUCUUAGCCAAGAUUUUGAACGGUACAAAAUUGACAAUGAAUCCAAAACAGAAAGGAUUCAAGAUGCAAGCAUGAAGUUAAAAAGUUACCAAGGUGAAUUUCAGAGGGUACAGAAAGAAUUGAGUCAGUUGCAAGAUGAGUUAAAAAUUAAACAAAAACAAUCACAAAUCUCCAGUCAGAGAUUGACGGAAUACAAAUAUUUCUGGACUAAGACUCUUUCAUUACUUACUUUUACUAAAAGGGAGCUAAACAGUAUUAAAAAUGAAGUAUAUGAUCAUUUUAAAAACUGGACUUCACUGAAGAGAGAAAUUUUUCUACAAACUAAAUCAAUAAGUGAAACAGCCUUGACAGAAAUAAAGAUGCUAAAUAAAAGUUUGACAGUGUCCCAGAGAAACAAUGUAUGCCUUGAAGAGGAAAUGAAAAAUCUGAAGUUGUUGUCAGAUGCAGCCAUAUUGAGAUCUCAGCAGAUUCAGACAUCCAAACAACAGGAAGUAAACUUGCAAACCAGAUGCCAUGACUUGCAAAAGGAAGUACUAGAUUUACAGUGUCAAGUAGAAGCACUUGGGCUAAAACUUCAGAAGGCAGUGACUGAGAUGGACAAAUAUAAAGAAAAGCUCAUGAAUAAAUCUAAUGAAGCUGAUGAGUGUCAAAGAGAACUUAGAAAACUGAAGUUUGAAUCCAUUAUCUCUGACUCACGGCAUACCAGAUUGCUUAAAGAAAAAGAAGACUCUUUAAUGACUUGUCAACAAAUAUAUAAAACUUUACAGGAAGAACUGACUGCAAAAGAAAGGCAAGAAGAUGAUUUAAAAAGAAGAAUUAAUAUUGCAAAAAAUGAACUGGAAAUAACCAAAACUCUUCUGAUUCAGACAAAGGAAGAAGUUGUAACACUGAAAAGUGAAAGGGAGUUGAUGCUGAUUUCACAUCAGAAAAGUACCGAGCAGCUGCAGGAAACCCUUAGACAGAAGCUGCUGAAUGAUGAUAACUGGAGGGAGAAGAUUGAAGCUGAACUCGCCAAGGAAAGAGCCCAACAUUUGGUUGAAUUUCAGGAGCAAGCUCUUCUCUUUAAGGAAGAAGCUAAACUGGAACUUGAUAUUGAAAAGGAAAAACACCAAGAAAUAAUCCAAAAGUAUAAGAAAGAACAAGAAGAACUACAAAUGAAGAUAUCUGACUUAAUCGAAGGUGCUACUAAAGAUCUAAGACUGAAACUCGCUGCUCUUGAAGAAAAACUCCGUGAAUCCCAUGUUCAAUAUACUGAAGAAUCUGCGUUAAAGGAGAAAGAAAUUGAAAACCUUAAAAAUUUGGUUGUAGAAUUUGAAUCACGUUUGAAGAAGGAAAUUGACGGUAAUGGUUCAGUUUCAGAGGACCUGAGGAAGGAAAUGAAAAAGAAGUCAGAUGAACUGGAAAGAGUAAUGCUGGCACAAACACAACUGAUGGAGCAAUUCAACCAGUCCCAGAAAGAGAACACUUUUCUUCAGGAAACAGUGCGUAGAGAGUGUGAAGAACGCUUUGAACUGACGGAGGCUUUGAGUCAAGCCAGAGAACAACUCCUGGGGCUGAGGAAGCUGAGCGGACAGUUGCCGCUGUCACCGUGCUCCCUCGGCCAGGGCAGCCUAACCUCCUCUGCUGCAGCUGGGAGUGGUCAGGGAGAGAGAAGGCUUGCCAGACUGCACUCUGAGAAAGUAAUCAAAAUCCCUGGCCUGCCUGGAGUGUCGAAGCCCACCACUUCUUCAGCCUUUUCUCAGCCGAAGAGGGUCAGCAGCUCAGGUUUGCCCACAGUCCCCCAACCACAUCCUCCCCGGGGUCGACCGUCUUCAGUCAGUGAGACCAGGCAGAGACUGGCUGCUAUUCUGAGGAGGAGACUGAGUCAGCAGUAAUGAAGCCGAAGUCAGGAGCAGCUCCACACACAGUGUCUAUCUUUCCCGGAGUCCAGAGCCCCACUGUAAUUAAGAAUGACAAACUUCAAAUUAUUACCGCAGAUUGAGAAUGCAUACUUAAAGAUAUUUUUAAUAAUUGGACAAGCUAAUGAAUUUUGAAGCCACAUUUUCUAAGAGGCCUUUGAAACUGCAACAAAUAAUGAAGUUGUUGGUAUUCCAGAGACCCAAUCUCUGUAUUUAUGUAUUGUGUGUUUCGAUGUGCUCUAUGAAUAUGCCCUUUUAGAGAUCAUAGGUAAAAAUUUUCACCCAUUGCAUCUUUUCUACUUUUUUGCACUAUUACAAGAAGAUCUAUUUCUACACCAAAAAAAAAAAAAAUAGAUUGUAUUGGUUUUGUUGGUAUUUGUUCAUUUGUUUGUUGAGUUGAAUAGGUUAAGUAGAUGUAAUUAGCAUUCUAAAUAGCAAAUGAAAGGACUUUAGUCCUUAAUUUGAUCAUUUUUAAACUGCUUAUUAGUUCAAAUAUUCGCAAACUUCAUCAUCACCAAAUUUUCUCUAUUUCACCUCACAAUCGGUUAAUCUAAUUUCUUUUUAAGCAAGGUCAGAUGUAAUGAUAGGUAAUCUUCAGGAAGACAAAGGGACAGCCACUCCUAUUCAAGAAAAAGGGGGGUUAUUUCUAAAACUAUGGAGAUGAUUUUAGAUGACAAGGAGCCUAGCCAUGAAAGUAUUACUUGGGAGAGAUUUUCUCCAUUAAAUGGUCUCUGGUACUCCAGGUCAAGUUUUGGCUUUAACUGGUAUUCUGUAGCUAUUGUGUAGAGAACUAAUUCAAGACAGUUUAGUAGAGGCACACAGUGCUAAUUUAGCAUGUUUUCUAUUUUCAGAGUGAAAAAUUAAAACCAGAAACCAGACCAACUAUUUCACGUAGUCAUAAAGCUUUAGGCUCCUCCUGUUUCGUAAAAGGCAACUCUUUACCUUAUGCUAGUAUUUGUCUAUCCUUUUCUCCAUGUAAUAAACAUGUAUUUUUCUUCUAUGGCUGAUUUUAUUCAAAUCUUUCAUCUGACUGCAUCGUGGAUUCCCAGGCUUCUUACUCUCAGAUUAGGAUGAUACUAACACACGUGAAAUAUGGCACAUAAAACUCUCUGCUCUUUGGCCACCAUGUAGAUGAGAGAAUCUAAAGAUAUCUGGAAUCCCUCCCAUGUGCAAAAAAAAGUGUUACUAAGCCAAACCAAGUCUAUCUCCAGUCUUUCAAAGGAUUGUUCUAAUCAAUCCUGUCAAAGGAUUGAUCUAAUCUAGGGUGUUUUAACCUCAAAAACAUCUACAUCAAGUCCAUGAAUUUCCCUGACUAGUUUAAGUGAGCACGUCUUGUGUAAAGGCUUACAAUGCUUACUUUUGUUUUACAAGGAUUAGUGUACUUACAGUGCGUUAGACAGAGAACAUAUCAUCUAACGGUGGUGGAUCUUAGAGAGGAUCUUAGAGGUCACCCCAACAAUCUUUAGUUUUGCUAGUUUAUUCAUGUCUUAUUGACCAUCGUGCGCUCAGGCCUUGGCUGUGUCCUUUCACGGUGGGUACGGCUGCUCCUUCAAGUGCUGCUCCUUGGUCUUCAGGUUCUUUCCUGCUUGUUGAAGCGGUGGUGCAUGGCACAGAUCCAGGGAUUUAUACUUCUUGCCCUUAGAGAAUUUCCUGAGGUUCUCUUUCUGGGUCUGGUUAAUGGCAGUGGGAACACAGGCCCUGGAUUUGCUAGCCGCUCGGGUCUUGGAGAGUCUGGAAGCCUCACCACCUAUCGCUUUAGCGACGUGCAGCUGAGACAGCGCCACCUUGAGGUGCUCCGUUGUUUCAGCAGCUUCUCCUUGCUGCCAGGGUCUCAGGACCUUAAUCUUGGCCAUGGUUGUACAGGCGGCCGCAGACGACUUCUUGCAGAGAAAGAACAACAGUCUCUUUACAAAUAAGAAACAGAUGCUCAAAGAAGUAUGACUUGGGUACGGUGAUUCAGCUAGUUAGUGACUGAGCUUCCCACAUCACUGUUCCACUUACCAGAGAAUCCCAAAUCUCCAUCUGACUUUUGUCGGAAGCUAAUGAACUCAAUUUUUAAGUUUAAAUUUGUAUGAAAAGGAAGCCUGACCCAAGGAAGAAUAAUCAUAAAGUAAUAAGCGGAAUACACUUUAAGAUAAGUGUGUAUCUAGUAAAAUACAAAAUGUUGUUAAUAGGCUACGCUAAGUCACUUCAGUCGUGUCCGACUCUGUGCGACCCCAUAGACGGCAGCCCACCAGGCUCCGCCGUCCCCGGGAUUCUCCUGGCAAGAACACUGGAGUGGGUUGCCAUUUCCAUCUCCAAUGCAUGAAAGUGAAAAGUGAAAGUGAAGAAGCUCAGUUGUGUCCGACUCUUAGUGACCCCAUGGACUGCAGCCUACCAGGCUCCUCUGUCCAUGGGACCCUCCAGGCAAGAGUACUGGAGUGGGGUGCCAUUGCCUUCUCCAGCUGUUAAUAUACCCCCUAAUAUUUUCUUGUAUGAUGCCAGCAGUACUCAUGCCACAUUCUGGAGAGCACUCCACCAGACCUCAGUGUUUCUGAUCUGGUGUUUGCAUGUUCAGAUUACAAAUACUCAUGAUAUAAGGUGGAUGGCAAAAGCUAAUGGAACCUUUGGUAAAAGCACAAGAGAAUAUUUGGACAUCAGUCUUUGCUAUCAUAUUUUACAUGCUUUUCCACAGUCUUGCAACUUCAGCUCUCUCUUCAGGAACCAUGUGUGUGUGCAUGCAUGCUAAGUCACUUCAGUGAUGUUCAGCUCUUUGUGACCCCAUGAACUGUAGCCUGCCAGGCUCCUCUGUCCAUGGGAUUCUCCAGGCAAGAAUAUUGGAGUGGGUGGCCAUGCUCUCCUCCAGGGAAUCUUCGCAGGAUUCAAACCCAAGUCUCUUAUGUCUCCUGCAUUGACAGGUGGGUUCUUUAUCACUAAUGCCACCUAGAAAGCCCAUGGAGAUACAUUUGGGGAGGGGGGUUGCUGCCUUGGGUCUUAGUUGCAGCAGGGGGGAUCUUUGAGUGCAGGCUCUAGAGCACUUGGGCUUGGUUGCUCCGCAGAUUGUGGGAUCUUAAUUCCCCAAACAGGGAUCAGACCUGCAUCCCCUGCCUUGCAGGGUAGAUUCUUAACCACUGGACCACUGGGGAAGUCCUCCCAUAAGCUUUUCUAAAGUGAUAUAAAGACCAUGCAUGAAAAACCUGGUUUCUUGGUUUGUUAACACUCUUGUUUUACAAUGAGUAACUGGGGAAAUAGCACUCUGAGAAUAGAAUCAUGAUCUUGCAGUCAGGCUGUAUUAUAUUCCACAAGUAUAUCAGAGAUUAUGUCAGUAUUCCAUGGAUAAAUAGAGACAAUAUUUACAUUUAUUUCAACCUAGACCAUUUAAAGCAGUCUAAGUUGUGUGCUUAUAUCUUUUGAAGAAAGACACUUAGAGAAGAGAAUAGCAUUAGAGUCUGUAACCUAAGGGUUAAGAACGCAUUCAAACCUUCCUUGAUUUUCACACUGAUUAACUCCUGGCAUGAAAAAAAUAUCAGGAACAUUAAGAAAUAGUGAAUAUUAUGACAAAAUAGGGGUCUCAUAUGCAUAUAGUGGAUAUUAAGUCUAACAGUUUUAAUUUCUCUAUAAACAUACAUUUUCCAUAACCUGAAUGGAAGAAUUUAUAGGUAUCUAGAGAAAAGAAUAUCAUAAAAAAUAUUCCUUAGAAAAUUAUAAUACUGUUUUUUUUUUUUCCUUAAACUAGGAUUGGUAGACAAAGAUUGGGAGAAUUCUUCUAUAGUUAACAGAUUUCUCAAGCAAUUUUUUAAAAAUUUAUUGAUUUAAAUGACUAUAUUUAUAGUUAGAACUACUUAAAAGUUAUAUGUUCUGGUUGACUGGAAGAGAUAUUAAUAUUGAAAAUUAUGUUAGACUAAGAUCUUUUAAUUUUAUAUUAAUCUAAAGUUUUAUAGUAUUAUAUAUUAGUUAUAGCUCAUUGCUUUUGAUUAUGCAACAAAUUUUCUUGUUUUAUUUUUUAAAGUUCUUACAAUUAUUAUAAUAUUGUACUAGUAGACCAAACUAGUAUCCUAAAAGGGUUAAUUCUCUGCAGCUGAAAAUUCCUAACCAUCAUGUUGACUUUUAUUGAGCACAGAAAAUCAAUUUGGUAUGUGCCCAAAGUUCACAAAUCCUAUAAUAAUUAUGGAUUUUUUUGCUUUCAUGUUUUAAGAAAAUAAUUAAUGUACACUGUACCUUACACAGGACAGUUUUAAUGAUCUCAAACCAUGAUAGACAAUAAUGGGAGCAUUCCUAAGGCAGUGCUUGUGGUACCUUAAGGAAGAAAUUCUACUUAUUCUUUAGAAAAUAUUAACCCUUUCAUUUCUGGUUCCUCUGCCUUUUCUAAAUCCAGCUUGAACAUCUGGAAGUUCUCAGUUCACAUACUGUUGAAGCCUAGCUUGGAGUAUUUUGAGCAUUACCUUGCUAGCAUGUGAAAUGAGUAUAAUUGUGCAGUAGUUUGAACAUUCUUUGGCAUUGCCCUUCUUUGGGAUUGGAAUGAGAACUGACCUUUUCCAGUCCUGUGGCCACUGCUGAGUUUAAUAAUAAACUGUGAAGCCAGUAUAAAUGUAUUACAUCUGAAGAAUAUGAAAUAAAAAUUAUUCACCUUUGUAUAUUCUGAAUUAACAGAUAGAAAUUUUUAGCAACACGUUAGUUCAAUCUGAAACACACUAAUCCUAUGACAAUAUUUCAUGAUCCAGAAAGUUGAAAGUUCUCUCUCUUCUCUAGCAUAUAUUAUAGUGCUUUAUAUCCAUCAAGUGAGCAAAAAAUAUACUAAAAAUCCUUUACCUUCAUAUAUACAUAUAUAUGAAUACUAGAUCACAGAGAUUAUGUAAUUUGUCAAAAAUAAACACUACAUAAGACUAAUGACUAAUUUUAAACUGCUGCAGUUUCUGAAUAUCUUGACCCAUAAAUGAAUAUUUAGGCCAUAUUAUAUAUUCACUCUUUUCUUCAACAGAUAUGGAGAAUUAAAAAAGCAUUGUGGAAGUUACAAAGAUAAUUAAGAUGUACUACAGAAGCCCAAGAAUUGUAUAAUGGCGGGCAGUGAGGAACCGUAUGUAGAGGUUAUAAUACAGAGAGGCAGGUGUAAGGAAGAGUGUGCUGUAUGAGUUCAACUUCUUGGUGGAAGAAUCAGGGGACACUUUAGGCAAGAAUUGGAACUCUCAAUAGGUCUUAAAGAAUGGAGUAGGGUUUUAUAAAAGAAAGAAUACCAGGUAGAGGAGAUAUGUAAACAGAGCUGUAGAUAUGUAGCAAAUACUUGGUUAAGGGAAGCAAUGGGAACCUGAAAAAGGUAGGUUGACCCCAAAGCAUCGAGGUGUUGAAUAAGAACUCAUCACAGAAUUUUGACUAGAAGUGGCAUGCACUUUGUUGAAAUUUGGGAACAUUGCUCUGGCAGGGCUGAAUUGCAAUAAUUAUAAAGUGAAAAGGCUGGAAGUGGAACACCAGUUGGUAGAUUAGUAAAGUAGCCCAGACAAGAGUUAAAAGUUCUGAAUAAAGAUGUUGAUAGUGGGAAUAAACAGGAAGCAGCUGACUCAAGUUCUAUUCAGAAAGGGAAAGAAUUUGUUCACUGUUAAAUGUACUUUGAAAUCAUACCAGCCAUUGCUGCUUAGCAGUGGUGCAGUGUAUGAAAUUGGUUCUAAUUAAAGGAACACCCUUUAUUUACAAAUAUUACAGCUUCUCUGAAAAAUGUGAAAUAAUAGGAACUACAUUUUUAUUUGGGCAACAGAAAACUAACCCACAGACAGAUUCAGUAGUCAUAAGAAUUCUUAAAGCAAAGUAGAAAUCUGAUUAGUGUUCUAAGAAUUAUGAGAGAAGAAUGUAGAAAGUGACAUGAAAAGUAGAUAUCAUCUUGGCUCAAAGAAUGCACAGCACAACUCAAUGAUGACCUUUGGGAGUGAUACAAUGCAAUGAAACGUUUUUCCAAUUUUUGCUAACCAUUUAUGAGGGGAAAUACAGAAAAUAGCAGCCAAAAUAAAAAUAAGAAUUAUCUUAAAUCCUUAAGUUUUAUAGUUCUGAAGGGACCUGACCCAUCACUUGGUCCAGAUCUGUAAUUUUACAGAAGGAUAUAAUAGGUUCCUUAGAAGUUGAAUAAUUUUCCAUUCUUUUAGCUGCUUGACAGCCAACUUGAUGAGAGAGGCUGAGCCUCCAACUCUUGGCCACCUCUAGACUGAAAGAACAGUAUCAGUGCUCUAAAUUUUUGCUACUUACAGUACUCCAGCAGGAUCAGUCUCCUAGGAGCUUAUUAGAAAUGCAGAACAUUGGCCUCACACACAAAUUUUCUCAAUGAAAUCUGAUUUUAAUGAGAUCCGAUGGCUCAAACAGUAAAGAAUCUACCUGCAGGAGAACUGGGUUUGACCCCUGAGUCAGGAAGAUCCUCUGGAGAAGAAAAUGGCAACCCAUGCCAAUAUUCUUGCCUGGAUAAUCCCAUGGACAAAGGAGCCUGGCGGGCUACAUUCCAUGAGGUUGCAGAGUUGGAUACAACUGAGCAGCUAACACUUUCAGGUGACUCAUAUACAUGUUAAAGUAUGAGGAUCACUGCUCACAGGGGUGCCGUUGCCCAGGCAUAUUUCACCUCUGCAAGCUACGGGUUAGUGUUGGAUAGAAAUUGCCUCGUCAUAUGCAGCUCCCUUAUACCUAACCUAAGACCACCACCACCCACACCACGUGGUCCCAUUCAGCACCUCAGCUUCCAAUGCACUCAAAUUCUACUUCUUUGCCUCUUGACUAUGAAUCUGUAACUGUCCAGGAAAACUAGUGAAUUAAAGGAAAUCAAUAUUCAGCCAAUAUUCAUAAAUAUGUCACCACCCAAAUUUCUGAGCCUGCAAAGAACUAGAAAUUUGUUAUUUUUAGAAAUCCAAUAGAAAUAUUUUGAUCAUUGGCUGCUGCUGCUGCUGCUGCUAAGUCGCUUCAGUCGUGUCCGACUCUGUGACCCCAUAGACGGCAGCCCACUGGCUCCUCUGUCCCUGGGAUUCUCCAGGCAAGAACACUGGAGUGGGUUGCCAUUUCCUUCUCCAAUGCAUGAAAGUGAAAAGUGAAAGUGAAGUCGCUCAUUCGUGCCCGACUCUUAGCGGCCCAUAGACUGCAGCCUACCAGGAUCCUCUGUCCAUGGGAUUUUCCAGGCAAGAGUACUGGAGUGGGGCGCCAUUGCCUUCUCCUUGAUCAUUGGCAAGUCACUGAAUAACCUUACAUUUUUAAUCUCAUAAUAAUAUAUAUUUGGAUAUAUGAUUCCCAAAAGAAAAUUUGACAAUGCUAUUUGUCUUUUGAGGCUUCUGAAACAUAGAAUACUUAGAUAACUUCUUAGAAUUAUGAAGGAACUUAAUGUUAAUUAAUUAAUAUUAGAAUAUCAUUAUUCCCCCCAAAGUAGUUCCGAUCACUUAAAUAUAAAACAGUAAUUUGCAGUAUUACAUCUAGAUCCAUUUAUUUUAAAGGUAGAACUAAUAGCAACUGAAUUAGAAUUUGAUUCAGAUUCUCAAGGUAUAAAUCUGUAUUUAAUACAAUAAGGCCCUAUGUUCACUUGCUUGUGAGCAUCGUCAACCCAUCUCAUUAUACAGCAGGGUGGCCACAUUCUUUAACCUUUUUGAAUUCAGAAAAUAAUGAAAGGAAUUGACUUCGUUUGCCAGUAAAAAGUUUUGAAUAUUUUUUAUUAACAUACUUAUUGCUGAUAUUUAACUUGUAUGGUUAUUUGUUAUUAAUAUUAACUCUCAUAAAUAAUAAUUGUUCAAACCCAAGAAUUAGACAUAUAAUUUAGAACAUUGAAGCAUUUUUAAGGAGAGGUUUUCAUAUGACUUAACACUGAAAAUAUUUUUGUUUUCUGGAAAGAUAUGAGCAUCUGACUUUGGGCAUCAUGGAAAAAAAAAAAAAUCCACCUUUCUCCCCCAAGUGAGCUUGAUGUGGUCUAACACAUUAAAGAGACACCUCUGCCUUCUUAAAGUGAAUACAUUCUACAGUUGUAAUUUUCUAUCUGAAAUCUUAAAUUUCUAGGGAGUAAAGUUUACUGCCAAGAUUUAGCUAUAAUUUAUCUAUCUAUUUUUGUCUGCAUCGGGUCUUUGUUGCUCCACUGGGGCUUUCUAAUUGGUGGCAAAUGAGGGCUACUCUAGUUGUGGCGUGCAGGCUUCUCUUGGUGCAGAGGGUGAGCUCUAGGCGCUUGAGCUUCAGUGGUUGCAGCCCGUGGCCUUGGUAGUGUGGCUCUCGGGCUUAGCUGCCUCGUGGUAGUGGGAUCUUUCCAGACAAGGGACUGAACCCAUAUUCCUUGGAUUGGCAGGCAGAUUCUUAACCACUAGCCCACUAGGAAGCCCUACUUCUUUUAUUUAAAAUGGAAUUUCUAAAACCCAGGGCAGCCAGCUUUCCAUUCUCUAGUGUUGCUUAGUCACUCAGUUGUGUCUGACUCUUUUCAACCCCAUGGACUGCAUUCUCUAUUGCUAGACUUUCGAAUGGUUGAAGUUUAAGCUGGGAUCUCAUGGCAUCUCAAAAUUAGAAUCCUUUUGUUCUUCCAAGGGGCACAUGGUACUCAGUAUAGAACUGAGGUUAAUGAGAGGAGAUGAAGUUAGAGGGAAAUAAUCCACUACCUUAUUUAAUAGAAGUGAUUAGGUAAGGACUUACUACACUUUCUUUCCAGAAUUGUUAGUCAAUAUUUUUGCCAGUGUACCCUGAAAAAGAAUUUUUUUUAACUAUGUACUUCUUUAACAUUUUCAGGUUGACAGCUAAAAUAAUUCAUUAUAAAUUUAAAUAGUUGCAAAGGACAUUGUAAUGAUAAUCAGCAAAUUAUAAAUAUGGACAUUUAAAAAUAAAAUUGUUACUUUAUUUUUAUAAUUGUAAACCUUUUAUUGC